AUCUUCCCCUAACACCUGGCCGCCCUUGUCGCCUCAGUGCUCUUACAUUCUGCCUCUUCUUGAUUCUUCUGCCCCCAUUUUCUCUCUUCAGAUUCUGGUCUCCCCGCCGCCCCCCCACUCCCAUCUCCUUUCCCUACUCUUGGGUCCCUCCCUUGGCGUUUAGCUGCCCCCACACCCUGUAUUCUGGGCACCUCCAGUCGCCCACCCCUUCUUCGUAGGCUUUUCUAGCCUCUUUUCGUACAGCUGCUUUGUGGCCUUUAUUGCUGCAGUUUGCAUCCUUUCCAGUCACCCCCAGACCUUUUGCCCAGUCACUACGGAUCCUUCUCCCAUCCUAUUAUCCCCACUGCUUCCUUUUUCACUAGUGUCUCUUCCCCCAUCCAACGGUCCUCUAGCUACUGUCACUUGCUUCCCUGUAGACCUGUGGAGCUGGUAGUGGUGCACCCAGAAUCGCUCAUAUUUUAUGAAUCUUAGUGCAGCUUGUAUCCUUCCUUCAUUUAGGAACAGAAUUGCAACAGAUUUAUGGUUUAGGUAUUUCUCGUGGGCGGAGGUUUGUGAGAUGGCUGCUGAUAUUUCUGAAUCCGUUGGGCAUGAUUGCAAAGGAGAGCCGAGGGGCAAUACCAAGUUAGAUGCAGACUACCCGCUUCGAGUCCUCUACUGUGGAGUCUGUUCAUUACCAACAGAGUACUGUGAAUAUAUGCCUGAUGUCACUAAAUGUCGACAGUGGUUAGAGAAGAAUUUUCCAAAUGAGUUUGCAAAACUUACUGUAGAAAAUUCACCCAAACAAGAAGCUGGAAUUAGUGAGGGUCAAGGCACAGCAGGGGAAGAGGAAGAGAAGAAAAAGCAAAAGAGAGGUGGAAGGGGUCAAAUAAAGCAAAAAAAGAAGACUGUACCACAAAAGGUUACGAUAGCCAAAAUUCCCAGAGCAAAGAAGAAAUAUGUAACACGAGUAUGUGGCCUUGCAACUUUUGAAAUUGAUCUAAAAGAAGCACAAAGAUUUUUUGCUCAAAAAUUCUCCUGUGGUGCCUCAGUAACAGGAGAGGAUGAAAUCAUCAUUCAGGGAGACUUUACAGAUGACAUUAUUGAUGUCAUUCAGGAAAAAUGGCCAGAGGUGGAUGAUGACAGCAUCGAAGAUCUUGGAGAAGUAAAGAAGUGAUUUUGAAAAUUUGUCUCUAUUUAAUGAUUUGAACUGAGAGUUGAUAUGGCCAAAGGGAGAGAGGCCUUUUAAAAAUAUAUAUAUUUAUCCUACAGUAAAACUGUAGAUUACCCUCACCCUUGGCAUUUUCACUGUUCUGUAUAAGGCUGCUUGUUUUUUUUUUUAUUGCCAAAGUCUAAUAAACAGGGGAGACUGUCAUGCUUAUGCAUGAAAUAGAACCUAGUCAAAUAAAAGUUUUUGGUCAUUUGGUACUGACUUUUCUCUUUCUCUUUUUAACUUUUUAGUUUUGGAAAAACACUAGAUUUUUUGUGCAAAGUUUUUUCUGUGUAUUAUCUUAAAAUAAUCCUGAUUUAAUGAGUCAAUUUUCUUUAAAUAAUCAUGAUUUAAUUAAAUCGUGAUUUGAAGCUGAGUAAUGUUUUAAAGAAUUUGAAUUUUGCCUUCAUCACCAUUAAUGAUUGUCUCCUUGCUUCUUUGGUGUGGUAGUUUCGAGAUGCUUGGGCACCUAAUAGAUUUGUGGUUGAAUUUGCUUCAUUGUUACCAACCAAGUCCACUUCGUAGUCACAUUAACUUAAUGUUGGUAGGAGUUUUCACAUUCUGGAGAUUAUUUGGUGAAGUAUACUAAAGCCUUAAAACCAUUUGCAGUCCGACCCAGUAAGCCACUCAGUUGACAUUGUCCUAAAGAUAGAAUCAUUCUUGCCUAAAACUGUGGGUGAAGGUGUUCAUCACAAUGUUACUCAUAAAAAAAUUGCAACUCUUAUAAAUGAACAGCUGGGAAAUGGUUAGAGAGUGAUGGUGCAGCAUAUGGUAGAAUAUUGAUGUAUUUUUAAAUAUUUUCCAAGAAUACUUUGGAAACAUGUUUAGUGAAGUUAAGUAGGGCAGUAGACCCCAAAUCCAUUUUAUACAUUAUUGUCACCAUUGUUUUGAGUGAAAGGCCAUUCAGAGAUGCUGUGAGUUCUUGUUCUAGCUAUAAAUUCUGAGAAUAAAAUUCUAUCCAAUUGAAAAGAAUAUACACCCAUACUCUCUCUAUAUUAAGUAGUCUGGGAAAUAACAAUUGAAAUGAGUCUUUCUCACAAGAGAAACAGUGACAAUGAAUUUUAAUGAAUGCACUAAAUGAAUUUAAACCUUGUUUUCAUAAAAGGUCUUAAGUCAGGUGCUACAAAUUGAAAAGAAGACUCCUGGUAUUUUAAAUUCCUAUAGACACCUUUAAGAAAUUUAGAACCCACUGUUUAUUGCCCUACAAAUGACAGCCUUGAAUGAAUGGCUUUUUAAAAUAAUUAAAGUCUUAGAAAAAAUGUGUAAUAAAGAUGUAAAUUAAGAAAAUGAAAUUUUGCAUUAACUGAAUUUUUACUAAAUAUGAGUAUCUGAUGAAGCAAAUUGACCCAUCAAGACCAUUUGGUAUGUGUUGUGUGUGUAUUCUGUUCGUGCUGGAAGAUGUCUAUGUGCCUGUAUCAGCUGUGUGACUCCAUGUAAAGGUUCUCAGUGUUCACAGUUCUUGGCAAAUGCAGUUUUAAUCCAUAUAAAGCCUGCAGUGGAUGUUACUGCAGGAUAAUGGAGGAUUAAAAUUGUUCUUGUGUAUAACAUGUGUGAAUCUUUUCUUCGACCAGAAAUUUAAAAUGCAGCAUCAGUUUGCUCUUUGGUUAAAAUAUACUAAGCUCAAGGAUUGACUAAUUCAUAUAUUCUCUUCAUGUAUGUAUUAUGUAAAUGUUUUCACAGUCUUUUUAGCAAAAAGAAUGCUAACCUUUAAAUAGCCUUAUGUCAUAAUUGUAAAAGAUUUGCCACAAUUAAGCUGGCAAUUUAAGUGCAACCCCAGCUUUGAUAAUAUAGUAUUUUAUGUAUUAAAAAAUAUAGAUGUUGACAGUAACUGAUUUUACAGUGUUUUAGUUAUUACAAAGAAGCCUCAGUAAAUCAGCUAUUGCUUAAGAUAAAAUACAUGGUAGCUUUCUCACUGUUAGUUAAAAAGUUGAUAAAUUACUGUUUUAAAGAUGAAUUCUACUUUUCAGAUCCUGUUUUUGUUAUUUUCUAAAUUACUUAAGAAAUAUGGUAGGGAGACUGGAAUGAGUUUGCUUAGUUCAUCAGUUAGAAUUAGAUUCAGUAUAAAAUCAGAUGCAGUGUAAUUCUUGGAGCUUUCAUAAAACAUGCAAUUUUUUAAA